AUGGUCGAGUCUGUCAGAGCCAUGUCGUUGUCAAUCGACCCCACCAGUCCCACAAUCGUCAGGUAUUGGUACUUGGCCCGCUGCUCGGUAGAAAUCUCCCCCGUAGCAACCAGCUCCUCCAGCAAAGACGGCCACUCGCUCCGGAAAAGAUCUGCUCCUGUCAAGGAGCCAUCUCCUCCACAAACGACCAAGGCGUCAAUUCCCUCCACAAUCAUGUUCUUGGCAGCCUUGAGCCGGCCCCAUCUCUCUUUGAACUCCAUGCACCGGGCCGUUCCAAUAAGAGUACCUCCUAGAGACAGCCAGCCACGAACGUCUUCCCAGUCGAGCUUCUUCAACAACGACCCGCCUUGGACCAGUCCCGAGUAA